AAUGUUUCAAAAUUAAGCCAAUUUACACCUACGGUUGUUAGUUUACUUAUACUCGUUCUUGAAAGAAGAAGAUUGAAAGAGAAAGCUUGUUUGUCGCGGAAGAACAUAACCAUUAAAAAUGAAAAACUAUUUCAUUUUGAAAAAUUUAUGCAGAAAAAUUUACUUAGUAGGAGCGGGCGAUUUUUGGUUUGAGGAGGGCGAAAUAAGUAAAGGCAAAAGUUUGCGAUACCAACUUCUGUGCUCCGCAUUAUUUUCUAUUUAUAUUUCUAUGACUGUAUUGGAAAUUAUUGGGGUGUUCUUCGGAGACAUGCCUAAAGAUGAAAGGAGUGAUUGUACAACGUUCGCUGUGAGCCAUACCAUAGUUCUGGGCAAGAUGUUUUCAGUCAUCCUGAAUAGAAAGCGCGUCAAGGAAUUAAACAGGAAAUUGGUUGAGAUUUGCGCAAAUCAUGAAGACGAACAUCGAGUGGCUGAAAAUUAUAGAAUUAUGAAAAUUAAUGUUUGGGCAUUCGCGGUGUCUGUUUAUGGUUCAUUUAUUUUCUUUCUUUUUGAAGGCAUCCGGAAGAUGAUGUCAGGAUCCCACUUCAUAACGAUUGUGACAUAUUGGCCAUUUUACGAAGAUAAUUCUAUAAUUGCUGUUUCCUUUAGAUUCUUCACAACAUUAGUGUUGGCCGUUAUGAUGGCCACCAUGAUAUGCAUUGACUCCUUCGCUAUGAUCAUUCUGAUUAUGUACAAGUAUAAAUUUAUCACAUUGAGAUAUUAUUUCGAAGGUUUAAGGGAACGGUUUGAUAGAAAUAACUAUACAGGAAAUGAGGAAUAUGCUACAGAACUAUUGCACGCUGGAUUUAUUGAAGGAAUCGUGAUGCAUAGUAAUCUUACAAGGUUAUCAAAAGACAUCGACCGGUCCGUGGGUACGGUGCUGGCGCUCCAAGUGUGCCUUAGCUCAGGUUCCGCCGUGUCGUUGCUGCUACAGUUGGCUCUUUCAAAGGAUUUGACUGUAGCCGCCCAGUUGAAAAUAAUUAUGUUUGUGAUAGCAGUAUUCUUUCUACUCGCUCUUUUCCUUUGCAAUGCUGGUGAAAUAACGUAUCAGGCAUCUCUACUGUCCGACUUUAUCUUCUACUGCGGCUGGGACGCUAGCUCCAUGCGACGCGACCUACGCCGACUCGUGUUGUUUUCCUGCGCGGCGGCACAGCGACCAAUCGUCAUGAAGGCCUUUAAUAUGCUGGCGCUCACUUAUGGAACUUUUAUACAGGUUGUAAGAGGCACAUAUUCGGUGUUCGCCCUAAUUUCCGCUCAAAACGAGUCAUUGGGCCAAUAAAUAGGACCUUUAACACCACAGCAGCUUGACUCGCACUUAGAGUGUUAACGACAGAGCCUCAUACCGCCGCUUACUUCAGGAGAAUACUAUA